AUGCAAUGUGGAUAUGGUGUCGGUACCAGGAUUUGUGCUGGUGAGUUGAGGGAAGUCUUCGGAGAGACUGUUACUUCCACCAGAACCGCCAACACAAUGAGGUGGGCCAAGUACAGUCUUGAUGAGAGUGGGGAGAUCUGCGAACUCAGCAUUGACUGCAGCUGCAGCAGCGGCGGAAUCGUUGAUAGAUUUUUCGAAUUCCUGGUAGGGUGGGGGUUGUUGUGUAAAGGUAUCACCAACGUAAAAGUAACUGGAUUGACGGAAAUCAGCGUCAGCAAAACGAGGAGCGAGUAGAUGGAGUAGAUUCAAGAAACUGGGUCGCUGGGCGGGACGAUAAGACCAGCAAUACAACAUUAGGGACUGCAAAAGAGGAGGACAAUUGAUGGGCGCACCACCGGAGACAAGAGUAUUGCCUUCAAGAACGUAUGUGAUAACUUCAUUAUGCGACAUUCCCUGGUAGGGUAGACAAGCCAUUGUAGCGAUCUCCCAUAAAACCACACCAAAUGACCACACGUCAGAACGAGAGGUAAAGUAGGCUGAUUGAAGGGAUUCAGGAGCCAUCCAUCGGACUGGGAGUUUGCCAGCACCCACUUUGUGAUAAUAAUUGCGCUCGUAGAUGUCACGACACAGACCGAAAUCACCCACUUUCACCACACCUCUAACAUCUACUAGACAGUUACGUGCUGCGAGGUCGCGAUGAACAUAUUUUUUCCUCUCCAAGUACGCCAUUCCAUCGGCAAUUUGAACAGCCCAGAGGUAGGCCUGAAUAGGUUUCACAAACCCAAUACCACUAUCACCGAGUUUGCGGAGAUAAGAGGCCAAAUCACCAUUUUCCAUGAGCUCCAUGACAACAAACAGACCAUUAUUGGAGAAGGGGCGAAUUGA